GGUUAGCAGGUUAGCUAACUUGACCAUCAGUAGUGUUGUUCCUUUUUCCUCCGUGGUGCGUUCACGGACUCCUUAAUCUAUGCUUUUAUGAAGAUGCUCGGCCAUUCAUUCAUUUAAGCCUCUCAAGUUCCCGACACGCCCCUCGACCAGACUGGAGGAUCUCAGGCUUUCAUUUCAACAGUCCUCCCGAUAUACAACCGUGUGAUUUUAGUUUCAUCCCUCCGGUAUUGGUGGCAUUAACGAUACGAUCUUGGUGUACUUGUACUUUGGAGUCGGACGUAACCUCGUGCUGGUGUAGAUUCAUAGUCAGGGGGCGAGGCGUGGCAAAGAGAAGACAGGUCAGGAGUCACCGCCAGGACUUGUGACGUGGUUUUCAGUCCCGGGGCUGGAAAAGAGGCAGGCGAUAAAAAGCCCUGUUCCCUCUCGGUUAAUGCUCUGGGAGGGCAGAUGUUUAUGACUGGACACGCAGAAUGGUCUUAUCUUCCAGUGGCGAACCUACUUAGAGCACGUCUGGAUGAAGGGUCACUGGAAGAAUCUGGCUUGCUCAUUUCACUGGAUACUUUCUCUUUGACACCUUGUUGGGAGCAAUUCUCAAGUUCUCAACCUUCAUUAAGCCUCUUCUAUACUUGAAAAUGGAGGUCUAUGUAAAAGCUCUCUGCAACGGAGUGAGAAACGGUCCGAUGGCUCAGUUCCAGGUAAUGCAGCAGCAGCUGGAGAGCUCCCUGCACUUGGAGAUUGAGAAACUGCUGGACACCGCCACCGGGCCGGAGAGAGAGGGGAGCAGGAAAGACUUGGAGGGCUUCAGGAGCCUCUUCCACAGAUACCUGCAGGUGAAGGGGCCUUCAGUGGAGUGGACCAAGAUCCAAAGACCACCAGAAGAUUCUAUCCAGCGGUAUGACAAGAUCGCAUCGUCUGGCUUGCCCGAAGGCGUUGCUGACAGCCUGAACAAACUUGUGGUGGUGAAGCUGAAUGGCGGACUGGGCACCAGUAUGGGCUGCAAGGGCCCCAAGAGCCUGAUCAGCGUCCGCAAUGAGAACACCUUCCUGGAUCUGACUGUGCAGCAAAUAGAGCAUCUGAACAAGAAGUACAACACUGACGUCCCGCUGGUCCUCAUGAACUCCUUUAACACAGAUGAGGACACAAAGAAGAUCCUGCAGAAAUACACACACCAUCGUGUCAAGAUACACACCUUCAAUCAGAGCAGGUAUCCUCGCAUCAACAAAGAGUCCCUUCUUCCGAUAGCCACGAACUUGGGCAUGACUGGACCCAACGCGGAGGCCUGGUACCCCCCGGGCCACGGAGACAUCUACGCCAGCUUCUACAACUCGGGUCUGCUGGACAAGCUGAUCGCUGAGGGCAAGGAGUACAUCUUUGUGUCCAACAUCGACAACCUGGGUGCCACCGUGGACCUGCACAUCCUGCACCACCUGGUGAGCCGGCCCAACGGCAAGCGCUGCGAGUUCAUCAUGGAGGUGACGGACAAGACCAGGGCUGACGUGAAGGGAGGAACGCUGAUCGAGUACGACGGCAAACUGCGUCUGCUGGAGAUCGCUCAGGUGCCCAAAGCUCACGUGGACGAGUUCAAGUCCGUGACCAAGUUCAAGAUCUUCAACACCAACAACCUGUGGAUUUCUUUGGCUGCCAUCAAGAGGCUCCAGGAGCAGAAGGCCAUGGACAUGGAGAUCAUCGUCAACCCCAAGACCCUGGACGGCGGGCAGAACGUCAUCCAGCUGGAGACGGCGGUCGGCGCCGCCAUCAAGUGCUUCGACAACGCCAUGGGCAUCAACGUGCCGCGCAGCCGCUUCCUGCCGGUCAAGACCACGUCGGACCUCCUGCUGGUCAUGUCCAACCUGUACAGCCUGGACGCCGGCUCGCUCACCAUGAGUCCCAAGAGGGAGUUCCCCACCACGCCGCACGUCAAGCUGGGCAGCUCCUUCACCAAGGUCCAGGAGUACCUGACCCGGCUGGAGAGCAUCCCGGACAUCCUGGAACUGGACCACCUGACCGUCUCUGGCGACGUGACCUUCGGGAAGAACGUGUCACUGAAGGGCACCGUCAUCAUCAUCGCCAACCACGGAGACCGGAUCGACAUCCCGGCCGGCUCCAUGCUGGAGAACAAAAUCGUCUCCGGGAACCUGCGCAUCCUGGACCACUGAGGCCUUCAUCGUCCUGAUCCCUGCGUCCCCGCGUGGGAACAGUCAUGUCACCUGUCUGGCGUCAGCCACAGUCCCAUAGGUUUAUUCUCUCAAUCCGGAUUAUAAUCUGAGGAACCACGUCCGUCUACUUGUUAGUACUAAUGCUGCAUGGAACACAGUAGCUGCUCAGUCAUGUGACACGGAUGAGCCUCACCAGCCAGCAGGGGGCGUCCUAGGAAAGCCUUCACGCUUGAUCAGGACUGAACCACAAGGUCAACUCAAAGGUGAAGGACCUGAAGAAAGUGAGUAAUGAGUAGAAGAGAAAUGUGAUCCAUCUCUAACCACACAUUUGUAUGAAAAUGAAUAUGUAAAUAUGAAAGAAAUUACAAAUAAUAUUGCGAUGAUUUGUUUCAGAUUCUUCUGAUUUAUUCAACUCGCUAAAACAAGGUGAAACAAUUGGGGAAAAAAGCUGGAGAAAAUGAUGCAGUAAUGAUAAGAUGAUACAGGUAGAACGGGGAGGGAAACCAGGACGUUUAGAUGAUUUUAACAAAACAAGAGGAGGAACAUUUUAGUUGAGGGAGAAAUCACCGGGAAACCGCAGGACAGUCACGCUGACCUGGUUUAAUGUUCACAUCUCAAUCAUCGUGCGUAUAAUAACACUGUAAAUACUAUUUUUCUAAUCCUGUCCUUCACCUGUCCGUCACGUGAUGAGCUGCUCCACCUGACUGAGUCAUUCAUUCAGCUGCGUGGCCGCGUGUCCUCGUCGCUGCCUACACGUCCACGCGGAGGCCUUCUUUCCUUCCUGCCUCCCUUCCUUCCUUGCUCCCUUCCUUCCUUCCUCCAUUCCUUCCUGCCUUCCUCCCUGCCUUCCUUGCUUUCUUCCUUGCUCCCUUCCUUCCUUCCUCCAUACCUUCCUGCCUUCCUCCCUUCCUUUCUUCCUUGCUCCCUUACUUCCUUCCUCCAUUCCUUCCUCCCUUCCUUCCUUGCUUUCUUCCUGCUUUCCCUUCUUCCUUUCUUCCUUGCUCCUUUACUUCCUUCCUCCCUUCCUUCCUUGCUCCCUUCCUUCCUUCCUUCCUCCAUACCUUCCUGCCUUCCUCCCUUCCUUUCUUCCUUGCUCCCUUACUUCCUUCCUCCAUUCCUUCCUGCUUUCCCUUCUUCCUUUCUUCCGUGCUCCUUUACUUCCUUCCUCCCUUCCUUCCUUGCUCCCUUCCUUCCUUCCUUCCUCCAUACCUUCCUGCCUUCCUCCCUUCCUUUCUUCCUUGCUCCCUUACUUCCUUCCUCCAUUCCUUCCUGCCUUCCUCCCUUCCUUCCUUGCUUUCUUCCUUCCUCCCGUAGUUCGUUCCUUCCUCCCUUUCCUUCCUCUCUCCCUCCCUCCCUUCCUUCAUACCGCCGUCACCGUGCUUUACCUUGGUUCACAGCCAUGUUGGUGUGGGGACGUGUGUGUUUGUGACCCGAGCCUGAGAGCAAGUUCCUCUGUGUGUGAGUGUGGAAGCGCUCACUCAUUAAAGUGCAAUAUGAGAUCACGCUGUCGCCGUGCGUUCAAUGCACCUGUGUGUGUUUUUAUUUACACGACCUCUUGCUCGUGUUUCUGUUGUGUUUUAGACUGAUUUUAAUUUUUAUUUUUUUUUGUUGUUUUUAUUUGUGUUUGGGUUUUUUUUUGGUUUGUUUUUGAAGGUUUUUUUGUGUGUUUGUGUGCCAAUUCUUGGCAACAUCUUCUUGUGAGUUCAAGCAUCAAUUUGAAGGUUAAAACCUGAAAAAUAAGCGGGUUUAAGUUUGGUUCAGAAUCGAUGUGGAAUCGGAUGCAGGACUGCGCAACGCGGGGAGUCGGUUUGUGGACAUGAACAAACAUCUGAAUGUUUUAUCCCAGACAUGAGUGACAGACAGACAGAUGGGAUCUGCCGUAUUUUGUCUGUGGUUUAGAUAGGUAAAUGUAUCGGACGACAUCAGCGGAAGUGGCCUGUGGCCCCGGCUCCAUAAACCAUAAAUCAGACGCAGAGAAAACAA